UUUAAAUAGACAAAGCGUUGUGAAUCAGGCAAUCCCAUCUUUGCAUGGAGGGUCACUUGGAAUUACGCUCACUGUCCCUUUUGAAAUUUGAUCUCGGUGUAUUAUUCAAUAAGUUUGAACUUUAAUUAAUAAUGAGCUCACUAUUUACUAAUAAAAUAAUCUGUGCGCACAUCCAAUCCUUGAAGAAUAUGGCGCGCUACGCGCAUCAAUCUAUCUGCCUAGAGCAAAGCCUGUGUGCUGGUACUAGUUAGAACGGAGAAAUUUUCUGAACAGCACUGCAGAUUGAAGGAGAUCAAGCUUAGUAGCUUGGAAAUAAUCAAGAUCAAUUCCUUACCUUCAGAUCAAGAUCAAUAGCUCAAAUGUGAUCAGUUGCUUGUGAUCCAAAUCGAGACUUGAAAUGUGAACAGGAUCAAUAUUGUCAUAUUGAGUGAGAUCAUGACCUUAUGAUUGGGAUCAAGACCUUAAAUGUGAUAAAGAUCAAGCCCUUAGAUGUGAUAAAGAUCAAGUCCUUAAAUGUGAAAAAGAUCAAGCCCUUAAAUGUGAUAAAGAUCAAGCCCUUAAAUGUGAUAAAGAUUAAGACCGGAAGUAUGAUCAAGAUCAGUACCAUAGAGACAGGAAAGCUUACCUCAGAUCAAGAUCAGUACCUUGCAAUCAAGACCAGCACCUUGUCAUCAAGCUCAGUACCUUGUAAUCAAGAUCAGUUCCUUGUAAUCAAGAUCAGUACCUUGUAAUCAAGAUCAGUACCUUGUAAUCAAGAUCAGUACCUUGUAGUCAAGAUCAGUACCUUGUAAUCAAGAUCAGUACCUUGUAAUCAAGAUCAGUACCUUGUAGUCAAGAUCAGUACCAUGUAAUCAAGAUCAGUACCUUGUAAUCAAGAUCAGUAACUUGUAAUCAAGCUCAGUACCUUGUAAUCAAGAUCAGUACCUUGUAAUCAAGAUCAGUUUAAAUCAUGACGCGAAGAUCAGUGAAAAGCAAAUCCGGGAAUCAAAAUCAAGAUUAUACAACCUCAAGGGAUCUUCAAGAACCAUUACAGAAGUUACAAACAAUACAAAAUAAUCGAAACAAUUCGAUAUUUCAAGUUUUUCCAGAUUCGACAGAAGAGACUUCACAGCUUAAUUCUUUAAGUACUAAUCCACCUUCGUUAAACCUGAGUAAUGGUGUUGGGAAAAUCCAUAGCAGUAUUCCUUUUUGGCUGACAACAAUCCUAGGAUUCUUUUUACUGCUUGCAUUUGUAGUCCACUGGAUACAGGUCCUAAGACUGGUGAUAGACCGGAAGAAGAAAAAACCCGAACAUCGUAUUGUCGGAGGAAAGAUGAGUAUCAAGACGCUGGAACGAGAAAAUUCAGUUUUCCUUGAUUUCAUUAAAUCCGACCACCAUGAUGAAUAUCAAUCUUUUUUACCUUAAACAGAUUUUAAAGAUCAAUUUGAUCAAACAGACUGCACUCUCCACAAAACGCUACCAUAUGUUUGGUCAGAGUACUGUUGAUUACAACAGAAUACACCGAAAGCUUAGUUGAGGGUGACUGUUGUCUUUGUAUGUAUGUACGUAGCUAAACCGUAAGGCUUAAUUAUAAAUUCUCUAUAUAUUGAUUUAAGGGUAUAGUAGAUAAAUCUCCAGGCUUUGUACUUUAAAUAUAACCGAGAUAAAUAAAACAAUAUUUUAUUUUAUAGUUUAUUAUAACCAUCGAAGUGCAGGUUGUAGAACAAAAAUGUAAAUUACGUAAAAAAAGGAAAUCAAAGCCCGAUGGAAUGUAUCAUUUUCAUUUUCAAUUUAUAAUUAAAAUUGUGUUGAUGCCCUGUGAUUAAAGCCGUUUGUAAACGCCUGCCUGGUCGCCUCUGCCGUGCUGAUCCGCAUUGUGUAAUUGAACCCUUCCGUCCCCAUAGUGUUGUUUUAGAGUUUAUUUAGAUACAGGGGGUUUAGCUAAAACAGCUCCGAGCUAUUGAGCUCUCCUGCUGAAGGAGCAAUUAUAUGAUGUUAAAUAUGUUAUCGUUAGAACUGUUAUGCUAAUGUUUCCUUCAGAAAUAUAUAAUUUAAAUUUAAA